AUGAAGGACAGACUAGCAGAACUGAGGAGCUGUCAAGGAGACAAUGCAAGCUGUCUGGACUUUGAUGAUGGCAUCAUUGCCUACGGUAACCCUGCCUUCAGGGAAGCACCUGCCAAGGAGCUGGAUGCUUUCUUCAUGGAGAUUUCCAAUCUUUCAACAUCUCUAGAUCUUUUAGAAGAUGUGUCACAAGACAUUAGCAAAAGGCAAGAGAAUGUGUUGUGCAGCACCACCAAGGAAGUUAUCUGCACUGAGAAGAAACUGCUGAGUGAGCUGAAAGUGCAGUACAUCAACCGGGCCAAAAUUAUACAGAGCCGCUUAACUAAAAUAGAACAGGCUUCCUCUGUCCAGCAUAUGUAUGGAGAGGGCCGGAUCCAACACUGCCACUUCAAUGUCUUAGCCCGGCGCCUGAACGGCAUAAUGAGGAACCACUAUAUUAAAGAAAUCGAAUAUGUGAGUCGUCUGAAGGGGCAGAUUGUGAGGCAAGCGGAACUGGCAGGUGUGGCGCUAUCUGAGGAGGACGUAAUCAAGCUGGUGGAGAGCCCGGCGGUAGCCCAGAUUGUGGGAUCGGACAUUCAAGUUCUAGAAGCCCAAAAGCAACUAGAACUGGUUCAGGAACGUCACCAGCAGUUAUUGGACUUGGAGGCUCAAAUCCAAGAGCUCAACGGGUUGUUUGUAAGCAUGGAAUUAUUAGUUAGUCAACAGCAGGACAUUGUGGACAACAUUGAGCACAAUGUGCUUCAAACAGUGGACUACGUCAGCCAAUCCAACAUACACAUAAAGAAGGCGAUACAGUUUCGGAAACGUUCUCGUGUCUCUGCCCUUGUGUCCGCAAUAUUAGGCCUAUGUGCCUGCUGCACGUGUCUGUGCUGCGCACCCAAAGCCCUGCCUUAA